GCGGAAAGUUUUUAAGUGAGUAGCGUGCUAUGUUCAAUAGGCGGUUUUGUCGACUGUGUUUGUGGAAUGAUCCGAAACUGGUACAGUUAAAUCAAGAAGACGAACGAAACCAUGACAACCUGGUACACAAAAUCGAAUUCUGCUUGGAAACCAAAGUUUCAAAAGAUGAUAAGCACUCAAGAUAUGUCUGUCCUAAAUGUGUGCACAAGAUCGACUUGUUUUAUGUGUUCAAGACAAAUUGUAAAAGAGCUGAUAAACUUCAGAAAUUGUCAAAAGACAGAGUGCCACAAAGGGGAAAGAUAGGCAUUUGUGCCAGUAAUGAGAACAUCCAGGUUGUAGGCAGCAGUGAAAAGACGCUGUAUGGAGUCCUGGAUGAGCAGGUCAAUGAAGAAUACCAAGAUCCAAAUCAGACAUGUUUAUCAAAUAGUCCCAGUGUUUGGAAAAACCCAUCUCAAGAUAUAAUUAACACAGAACACAGUAAAAAUCCUAGUAAUAACUGCUGCUACUUAACAGGAGUUGAUCAUUACCAUGAUAAUGACGAAGAAUGUAUGUUAGAAGAAGAAGUUUUCCCACCAGAAGAUCUGAGACAUGCUGAUGAAUCAGUUACACCAUUACUGAACAACACUUGUCCCUCAGAUAAUGGUACAUCUGGAACCGAAACACCAACAUCAACGUAUGCUGAUUCCUCUGGGGCCCUUGUUGCAGAAAAUGAUGAAAAUCAGAGAAAUACCAAUAAUAUCCUGUCUAAUUCUUCCUGUGUUACAAGUACGUGUGCAUCAAGUGUGUAUUCGGACGAGGUUAUGUGGACAUCAUCCGAAAUCACACACCAUACAGUUCAACAACAAGUUUCAAACAAUUCUUCAGAUGUUUCUAAGAGUGACUGUGUUGCACAGCCAUUUCUGUUAAAUGUGGAUUGGAAUGUACUAUCUGACUAUAAAAAUGGAGCAUAUAAUGUAAUAUAUCUAACAGGUCUGAACGAAAAUGGAGAGAGUACUAAUUUCUUAGUUUAUACUGACAAAGUGUUCUACACCAAUGCAAUCUUGUAUGAUGCCUUCUUGCAUGAUUUACCCUUGCAAACAGUUCUUGAAGGACCCACAUUUGUUCCUUCCUUCUCCCCAAGUUUUAUCAGAUGCUCCUAUUGUGAAAAACUGUUCAGAUGUAUGAGGAGUCAUGUCUUGCAUAAAAGUGUUUGUCAGAAGUUCUUUCAGUGCAGACAUUGUAGGAAGAAAUUUGUUUCAAAAAUUUUAAGACAGCUCCAUUAUCUGAAUGAAUGUGUUUUUAGAAGGGUACGUCAUGAUCAUGGGUAUGCUCAGGGCCAAACACAUAAAGUAACAGAGCAAACUUUAAUGAGAAUGGCAAAGGUUCAUUUGCACAGACUACACAUUUGCACCAAGUGCAAUAAUAUUUUCAGAACUGAUGGCCAUCUGAUUAGACAUAAGACAACCUGCCAAAGAAGACCAUUUCAUUGCAGAUCACUUCUAAGAGUUUCUAGGACAUGUGAGAGCCUAAAAUGCUUUGGAAGCAGAACAUUAAAAAACCUAGACAUGUAUCCAAUUAAUAAUCUUAUAAAAGAUUCUUAUAUGGCUAAUGUUAAAAGCAUAAGCUCCACUACUAAUGCUGAAAGUAAUCACUGCAUGCUCAGGAGUAAUAACUUGUCAGUUAAGACACGUUCUGCAGUCUCCACCCAAAGUAAAACUACUGUUAAGAGAAAAGAUAUAUCUGACAGCACAUCAGUUUUGUAUGCUGUUGGCCUUGUGAAGAAGAAUUAGCUUGCUUAUUAUCAUUACAGAUGGAAAAAUUCAUACUUCAAACUCCAGAAACAAAUGUGAAUGGAGUUUUACUGACUAACCUCAGAUACCUUAAAUUGGGAGAUUCCUUUUCUAGUUGCUAGAGGAAAUAAAAGAAAGCAAAAUUAAGGAGUGUGAAAGAAAAAUAAUCCUCAUAUUUUGAAAGUGUGAGAUACACAUUUAUUUCUUUCAUACUGCCUUCACAUCAUCACACUAUGUUAUGGCUAGCUUCUGUUCAUCUGAACACAGCUUUGGGUUUUCAUAAAAAAUCAUAUCUAUUAAAUUAAUUAUAUUAUAUGUGAUUUGUAUUCAAUAAUACACAGGAUAAUUGUUGUUGAUGUACUUAUUGAAUCUCCAAAGUCAAUUAUUUAUGUAU